UCUCUGCCCUGCCUAGUCCUUAGAGGGAUAAACUGAAGUAGCAAGAGAAACGCAUAUAACGGUAUGAGAAAAUAAGCUGCAUUAUCCUUAGAGUAAAAGCAGAUUGUCUGCAGCUGUUUAUUCAUUUUUAUUGCAUCCAGGCAGAUGACUUUCUCAGGAUAUCUUUGGUUGGUUUACCUGACCUGCACUGUGCUUGUGUUUAUCUCUCCGGUUCAUUUGGCUCCGAUACCGGACCAGUACUCUCGGGGUGUGGAUUGGUUAAGCAGGUAUGGAUAUCUGCCCCCUCCGGACCCCCGCACAGGAAAGCUGCAGACUAAAGAAGGCAUUGAGAGAGCCAUCAAAGAAAUGCAGCGUUUCGCUGGCCUCAAAGACACAGGCAAACUUGACAGUGACACCCUGAAACUGAUGGACACGCCACGGUGUUCACUUCCAGACAUUAUAGGGUCUGAGGACAUGCUGAAAAAGCGGAGGAGGAAAAGAAGAUAUGCGACCACUGGGCUUCGCUGGAAAAAGUCUGACCUCACAUGGAGCAUCCAGAAUUACCCAUCUCUCCCUCCGUUCCUCAAACCCAAUGCUGUGGAGUCUAUAAUGGUCUAUGCCCUCAAAGCCUGGAGUGACGUCACCAACCUCAAGUUUCACGCUACAUCCUCGAGCGAGCAGGACAGAGCUGAUAUCAAGAUCUCUUUCGCCCGCUCGCUCCAUGACGACGGGUAUCCAUUUGACGGGAAGGGAGGGACACUUGCUCAUGCCUUCUUCCCAGGGGAGGCUGAUGUUGCUGGGGAUACACAUUUUGACGACGAGGAGAGCUGGACCUACUUAGGAAGGAAGAGCAUCUUGUCAACACCAUCCCCAAAUAAUCCUACAUCACACUUACCCAAACCACCAAGUCCACCUCAACCCAAAGUACCAUCACAACCUGAUCCAUCAGUCCAGAAUCGUUGUGAAGGAGGUUUUGAUGCAGUGGCAAACAUCAGAGGAGAUGUUUUCUUUUUUAAAGGUCCAUAUUUCUGGCGAAUCCAGCGGACUGGUUCUCUUGUGUCCUUCCACCCUGCUCUCAUAAAAAACUUCUGGAUUGGUCUUCCUCCCGGCACCAACAAGAUAGAUGCAGUUUAUGAAAGAAAAACGGAUAGCAGGAUCAUAUUCUUCGUAGGCUCACAGUAUUGGGUAUUUAAAGACACAGUGGCGGUUUCUGGCUACCCACAUCCGCUGUCAGACUGGGGGCUUUUCUCUCAUGACGGAAGUGAGGUGAAGAGGGUGGACGCUGCCUUUAUUUGGGCUCAUAAUGGAAAAACCUACAUCUUCAGCGGUGGAGAGUUCUGGAGGUUCUCCGAAGGCCUGGAGUCUGGGAGGCGGCGUCCAGACGCGGGUUAUCCCAGAAACUCCUCCCUCUGGAAGGGCGCGCCCAGUGACCCUGAUGACAUCAUCACCUGGGGAGACGGAGAUGCCUAUUUCUUCAAGGACAACUCAUAUUGGAUUCUGAAGAGCGGAGGAUUGGACCAAGACAACAUCAGUCACAAAUCAACCGCAGUCGAUUGGAUGAUGUGUCCAGAACCGACUCCAACCACACUUCCUACCAAUCCACGUGACCGAGGAGAAUGUAACUGUGGCCUGAACGGAGCCUUACAGAUGAGUGCUUCAUCCUGGUUACUGUUCAUCAUAUUACUGCUUUAUCCAGGCGUCCUUAUAUAGGGCCACUUGCAAUAAAAAGACAACAUCAUCAUCAUCAUCAUUAUUUUUAAGGAC